AUGCUAAAGAACAUUAAUAAACCAGUUAUAUUUUUCAACGUGCUAACAGGUCUUGCAGUUAUUUAUUUAUUUAAAAAUUAUAAUGAAAAUACAAAACAAGUAUUGAAUAAAUUAUAUUCCUUGAAAAAUUGGAUAGUGCAAUAUUCCUGUAGUUUUUUGAAAAGGUAUGAGAGGAUACAACUGCCUAUAAUAGACAAAGAUAUUAUAAUAGAUUUAUCAGAUGAGGAAUUAGAAGAAAAAUUUAUGCAAGCCUGUAAUGCUGUAAAGAUUUAUAAAACUAAAUUAAAAACAGAGGAAUGGUUACAUUUGUAUGGAUUAUUUAAGCAAGCAACGAUUGGUAAUAUUAUAUUACAAAAUGAAGAAGAAAGUACAAAAAAUAGCGACAUAUCAAAAAGUAGCGACAUAUCAAAAAGUAGUGACAUAUCAAAAAGUAGUGAGAUAUCAUCAAAAAGUAGUGAUAUAUCAUCAAAAAAUAGUGACAUGGCAUCAAAAAAUAGUGAUAUAUCAUCAAAUAAUAAUAUACAAAAUGCAUCAAUUAUAGAUGGAAAAAAAAAAAAAAAAAAAAAAAAUAACAAAAACAAAAACAAAAAUAAUAAAAACAAGAAUAAUAAUAAUAAUAAUAAUACUAAUAUGGAAUUUAUUGAAAUACAAAAAAGAAAAGCUUGGAAAAAUUGUUAUAAUGUAAAUAAAAAUACAUGUAAAUAUUUAUAUGUACAAUAUUUUAAUAAAUUAUUUCCAGACGCAUUAGAGAAAUUAAAUAAUGAUGACAAUAUGAAAUUUUCAAAAACAGUAAGUAAAAUGAAACCUUUUAAAGAACAAAAUAAAAAACAUAUAGAAAAUGAAAAUGAUGAUGAUAAUAAUAUUUGUGAUAUUUUAUGUCAACAUGUUGUUAUGGGUGAUCUUGCAAAUAUUAAAAAAAAUUUAAAACAUAAUCCAUCAUUAAUUAAUAAAAAAAAUUCUAGUGGCUUAACACCCUUACAUUAUGCAUGUGAUAGAGGAUAUAUAGAUAUAGUAAAAUAUUUAAUACAGAAGGGUGCAAAUAUUAAUGUUGAAGAUUCUUAUGGUGACACACCUUUACAUAUGGCAGCAUACUCAGAAAAACUAAAUGUUGUAGAGUUUUUAAAAUCAGUAGGUGCAGAUAUUAAUAAAACCAAUUCUGAAGGUUUGACCAUUGAUUGGAUUCUAAGUCAAAACUAA